CGCCUCAUUCCUUUCAAUCUCUUUUAAACAUCGAAUUUUCGUAUAUUCUCUCUCGAAGCUCUGUCAAUGGCGAAGAACAAAAGAGAACGAAACCAAAAUCCACAGCCAUUUUUGGCUGAUGACGAUUCCGUCGCCUCCAGAAGGAAACACUCCAAAGCUCUCAAACACCACCAGAAGCAAGACAAAAUGAUUUCGUCGGGGAUGAGCUCGAAAAUCUUGAAAGAAGCACUGCUUCAACAAAAGGAAAUAGAAGAGGAAGCGUCAGGAGGGAACACUGAGACCGCGUUUCGUUCGGUUGAAGAAGAGAAUAACAAACAUGAAGAAGAAGAGGAUAUUGACGAUUUUGGGGGAUUUUCUGAGACACAAAGUCAAUUUGGCAACUAUGACGAACAAAUUGAUGAGGAUGACGAGAAAUUGCUUGAGGCAUUCUUAUCAAAGGAUGCUGGUCCACAGAGAACACUUGCAGACGUUAUAAUUCAAAAGAUCAAGGAGAAUGAUGAAAAAGUUGCUUCAGAAACACGUCCUAUGCCUAAGUUGGAUGACUCUCUCAUAGAUUUGUAUAAGGGAGUUGGCAAGUUUCUGAACAAAUACACAGCAGGGAAAAUGCCCAAAGCCUUUAAACACAUUCCUUCAAUGCAACUCUGGGAGGAUGUUUUGUACUUGACUCAGCCUGAGAAUUGGUCUCCAAAUGCUAUGUUUCAAGCCACAAGAAUAUUUGCUUCCAAUUUGGGUGCUAAGAAGGCAGAACGUUUUUAUAGACUAGUUUUGCUUCCUCGCGUGAGAGAUGAUAUUAGGAAAAAUAAGCGACUUCAUUUUGCUCUCUAUCAGUCUUUGAAGAAGGCUCUAUACAAACCUGCUGCAUUUAACAAGGGAAUAUUGUUUCCAUUAUGUAAGUCGGGGACAUGCAAUCUCAGGGAGGCAGUUAUCGUUGGGAGUGUUCUUGAAAAAGUCUCCAUUCCUAUGCUUCAUUCAAGUGUUGCAUUAAUGAAGCUUGCAGAAAUGGAAUACUGUGGCACAACAAGUUAUUUUAUCAAGCUACUUUUGGAGAAGAAAUAUGCUCUGCCAUACCGUGUUGUUGAUGCUGUUGUUGCUCAUUUUAUGAGAUUUCUUGAAGAUACAAGGAUAAUGCCUGUAAUAUGGCAUCAGUCACUUCUGGCUUUUGUGCAACGGUACAAAAAUGAACUGCGCAAGGAAGAUAAAGAUAACCUCAGGAUUCUACUUGAGACACAAAAGCAUAAAUUAGUUACUCCUGAAAUUAUGAGGGAGCUAGAUAACAGCCGCAAUCGAGGCGAGGUGGAUGAUCCUAUGGUAUUAGCAUCAUCCGUUCAUGUGAUCAAUAAAACUAUCGAGGAAGACAGGUUUGAUAUUCCUGAGGUACCUAUGGAGGAGGAUUAAUCUGCUGAUCCGAUUAAUGCCUUGGUAUGAAUAGACUCCUGCU